AUGGUCGCCGCUCAACAGACGCAUAUAAACGAGCUCGUUCAAAAAACACGUUCCCUCGAAAACGAAAUAGAGAAAUUCACAGAACAGCUCGAGAGAGCCGCCGCUGAAUCUGUAUCGUUUGCAUCGGAACGCGGCACCUGGGAAGCCGACCGGAAGGCGUGGGCUAGUGAACGUCAGAAGUGGUUAGAGGAAAGAAAGGUAUGGGCAGAAGGAUGUGAUACUAUGCAAGCUUGCCAUCGAAUUCAACAAUAUCGCAUGGGAUGCGCACUCGGCAACGAACGCGUCACUGCGCUCAGAAUGCAAGAUGACGCGAGGAAAGAGCAGCUGCAGAGAUUACAACGGGAUUACAAGAUCACCAUGUUUCAAGCACGCGAAGCUGAUCUAGAGGCACGGAUCGCCGAGCUAGAGGACUUGCGUGACACGAAAUGCACGGUGCUCCUCGGCGAAGUAAACGCGAAGACGGCAGAGAUACAAUCUGCUCGAAAGCAACGCGAACAAGUAGAGGAGGAACUCCGCGAGUUACGGGAAGCUCUUGCUGAUGCUUCCGCUGCCACGACGACAUCCUCAUCCAAGCUCACUCGAAUAACGACACAGCGCGAUGCGCUGCAAGCUCAGGUCACUUCCCUUCAAAAAUCCCUAGAGGUGGCCCAGGACGAGAGCAACGAACUUCGUACUCAGCUGACGAACUGGCAAAGCUUAAAAAAGGGAAAAGAUGCUGAAGUUGAUGCGCUGAAACAAAAGAAAAUCGAGCUGGAGACUGAGUUAAUGGCGGCCAACAAGCGCAUCAAUGAGACCGGAGUACGCAUGGAGGAAUUCCAGGCUAUGGACGCUAGGCUGCAGAAGGAGAAAGGCAGAGUCGAUAAGCUGAAGGUUGUUCUUGAAGAAUGGAAGACUGAAGCCAACGAACAAACGAACGCUAGGGAGGCAGCGGAGACCCAGUUGGCGACUGCCAACGCUCAAAUCAACGCCCUGGAGCUAGAACUUGCCGACAUUCGCUCGCAACUUGCUUCUGCCAAAUCGCAGGUGUGCCCUCGUUCCUCCUUCCCGCUGCUCGAAUCGUAUUUUAAAAAUCCAGCGCUAUCGCCUAUCUCUCAGAACAGAAAGCCAUCGCCGUCCGUCCCAGAGAUCGAGGAGCCAGACUCGGAUAUUGUAGUCACCCGCGAGCGACUCGUUUCCUCGGGAAAACCCAAGUCUAAAAAACCGCCUUCCCUUUCUGUGGCCGAACCAUCAUCCUCGAAGGCUGGUGGAUCUUCUAAGGCUCGUCCAAAGCCCGGCCGACCAGCUAAACGUCCAAGUCCAAUUCCGGAUGUUCCAGAGGACAUUGAGAUCAUUGAGAUCCAAUCUCCUUCCCCCGCUCCGGAUGCUGCCCCAAAGCCUGCUUCGAAGGCUAAAGGAAAGCAACGGGUAAUUGACGUUGAUGCCGAAGAUGACAGCGACACACCAAGGGCAAAACAACCACCGAGGAUGCAGAAGAAGGCAACCGACAAAUUCACGGGCAAGAGCAAACGUCAGGAAGUGAAGCGUGCACAGGCAAAAGACGUAUUCAACCCGCCGCCAAGUGAACAAUCUGACGAUGAACGCUCGAAGCCCAAGUCGACGCAUGGGUCUAAAAAACGCCCUCCGCCAGAGACGGCCUCCGAGGCAGUAUCCAAACCGAAGAAGACCAAACCUAAUAAACCACCGCAGCAUCACGAAGACACAGAGGACGAUGCUGUUCUCGACGAUGUAGAUCCAGCUCCGAAAAAGAAGAAGCGGAAGAUUAAUCUAUUCCCUGCUUCUCAGCCGUUGACAUUCGACUGGGACUCACUUCCACAGGGGGAGGGUCUAGGUAUCCCUACGCGACUCUCACCUAUGAAAGAUAUGGAUGCGGUCCCGAGACGAUUGGGGAGGAUUGGCAGGGGCUGA